AUGGCGGGAAUGCAGAUGGGCCCGCCGCAGUUCAUGCAGGGGAACUUCAGGCCGUUGCCAGGCGGUUUGCUGGGCCUGGCGCGGCCACUGGGCCCGGGCCCCCCGGGCCCCCCAGGCCCGCCAGGCCCAGGCCCGCCAGGGGUGCCAGUGCCGGGGGUGCCGGGGCUGGGCCCCCCUGGCCCCCCUGGCCCGCCUGGCCCGCUUGGCCCCGGCCCGCCUGGCCCGCCUGGCCCGUUCAGCCAUCGACCGCCUGCGCCCAAUGCGAGCUUCCUGGGCCUGUCACAGGACCGACCCGUGGAACAACAGCGCUCAGACUUGAGCAAAGCGGAGCAGGUCACGAAGCAGCACGCCUUGGAGGGCAAGGCUUAUGUAGGCAUUGCAUCGCUUUCAAAUUGGCAUUUACAUUGUUUUGCAGGAUCUCUUAUUGCAAUGGCAGUUUGCACAGCCCAGUUCUUAUUAUGCGUCACGUGGCUUACAGGGUUCAGAUAG